AUGAUCUCGGCCAUGCCCGCGGUGGCGGUGCGCCGGGAGCGGCGCCGCAGCAAGACCGGUCGCACCCUGUCCGCAGGCUCCAGGCAGGGCAGCGUCAACUCCCUCUCCCAGCGGCCAGCCAGCCUCAGCACCCUCAGCUCGCUGCCUGGACACCGCCUGGUACGAACCACGCUGCAAGAACAGCGCUCCCGCCUGCUCAUGUACCUGGGCACUCUGCUCCUCGUCACGGGCCUGGUACUACUGUUCAUCGGCGUCGGUGCCAACGUCAGCUACACCCAGACGGUCGGGCUGAUCUUCAUCGCCACCGGCGGAGUGCUGUACUUCAUCAAAGUGUUCAUCACGCCUGAUAACACCCACACCAUCGUGCGGAGGGCGAGGCUGGUCGGCUCCAGGGACUCGCUGUACAGCGUGGCGCCCGUGGGCAUCAAAACGCACCAGCCGACGCUGCCCGAGGAAGGACCGCAGGACGUGGAACAAGACGCUGCGGGCGAAGACGCCACGCAGGACGCGUUGCAGGAUGCGUCGCAGGACGCGUUGCAGGCCAAGACAGCGAGCAACAACAGUCCGACACCGACUAGUCUUAACGGAGGUGCUCCUGAGACGCAAGUUCUCAUACCAGGAGAAGACCAAGGGCGCUUCUGA